UCCUCCGAGUGUUUGCAUCUAGUGAACGGACACAGGGCUUCCUGCUUCCCACUCACUGCCGGGCACAGAGCUCCCUGAUACCCACUCACCGCCGGGCACAGAGCUCCCUGAUACCCCCAGCACCAUGUAUCACGGAUUUUCUAGCAGCACUGACUAUGAAGCAGCUUCUUCCCGUUGCAGCAGCGCUUCUCCGGCUGGGGACAGCGUGACUUACUACCCGUCCCCCUCAGCCUCCUUCACCAGCCUCGGAUCACCGGUCACUCCACAGGAUUUCUGCACAGACUCCAGUAGCAGCUUCGUCCCUACAGUCACAGCCAUUUCCACAUCUGCAGACUUGCAGUGGCUGGUGCAGCCCACCUUAAUUUCAUCAAUGGCCCCAUCCCAAACCCGCAGCCAUCCUUAUGAACCAGCCCAGUCCUACAGUAGAAGUGGAGUGCUGAAAGGCUCAGGAGGGCGAGGACAAAGCUUGGGUCGGAGAGGAAAGUUGGAACAGCUUUCCCCAGAAGACGAAGAAAAAAGGAGAGUGAGACGGGAAAGAAAUAAAAUGGCUGCAGCCAAAUGUCGUAACAGGCGCAGAGAGUUAACGGACACCCUCCAAGCUGAGACUGAUGAUUUGGAAGAUGAUAAGUCUGCUCUGCAGGCAGAGAUUGCUAGUCUCCUGAAGGAGAAAGAGAAGUUAGAGUUCAUCCUUGCAGCACACAAACCAGCCUGCAAAAUCCCACAUGAUCUGGAGGGGUCUUUCCAGGACUUCACCUCUACCCUGGAUCUUGGUCUGCUUGCUGACACCCCCUGUGCACCCAGUUCACAGGAGUCUCCAGUGGAGUGCAUCUUCUCUCUAGGUGAAACUCAGUCUUCCAUCCCUGUGGCUGAGCAGGCCCCCCAGCUGCCAGUGUCUCUGGAACUCAAGUCAGAGCCUUUGGAUGACUUCCUCUUUACCUCUCCUCACCCUGGAGCUACUGAUGCUGCCCGCUCUGUGCCUGAUGUUGAUCUGAACAGCUCUCUGUACACAUCUGACUGGGAGCCUCUAUAUAAUACUCUGUCAGUAGACAUGGAGCCCCUCUGCACCCCUGUAGUGACAUGCACACCAACAUGCACCACUUACACCACCUCAUUUGUCUUCACAUACCCAGAGUCUGAUCCCUUCCCCAACUGUGGAGCAGCCCACCGGAGAGGUAGCAGCAGCAACGAGCAGUCAUCAGACUCUUUAAACUCUCCUACCUUGUUGGCUUUGUAAUGCCAAAGAAUCCCCAUCAUGAAGAAUAACCAGGGCCACAGAACACUCCAAAACGUGGUGCCUCUUACACUCUAAUGGCAAUAAGUCACAAGUUGUUUCCUCCUCAUUGUGUCAAGACUGGCUUUUUACUGCAGUGUGUAAACUGUGCAUGUUCCACAAUAUAUACCAUGCCCUGGUGCUUGACUCUGCAGGAAUUUAGACUGAACAUGGUGAUCACUUGCUCAUCCAGGGCCCAGAAACUACUGCAUAUGUCUGUGGUGGCCAGUCCAGCUCUGUCAAACUACAUCCUGUGCAAAGGGGCAACUGCUUCCAACUGCCAUCAAAGCUUCAUACCUCUUCCCAACAUUUAGCUCUGGAAUGGACUUGGUUCUCAAAUCUGACAUUUUUAUUUAUUUUCUCUAAUAUGUAGCAUGAUCUCUCCCCUGUGCUAGUGAUGGGGUUAACAUGUUUAGGUAAUCUGUGAUCUGCUGGCUUGGCGUCUAGUUUGGAGUAGUGUACCAAGCCAGUUUGCAGGGUUGUUCUGGUGCUGGCUGAUUAGGUGACUGGCAGAUUUGGAGCUAUGUCCCCUGCAGCCGCAUUUAUUUUCCUUGUGCGAGUCUUUCUAGAAUUUAUUAAAUUUGUUGAAGCCGGACACAUUGUGAACAUACUGUCUUUAUUCUUAUUUAUUUCUCUUUUGAUUGUAAUUCCGUCUCAGUGUCUUUCCAAGUUUUCCAUGAAAACGUUUUAUUUCUUGUAGACGGCUAUGUUUAAUUUAUUAUGAAUUGAGAAUAUUUAUAUUUUUAUCUGUAUUUUAUUUUCUACCUUGCCUUUUGUGGACAGAGGGCCGUAUGUCUAAGCAGAACCUGCUUACC